UCUGUCCCUCUGGCACUGUAACUAGGGCCAAGGCGCGCACAUAGGGGCUGUGCAAUGCACACUCCCGUCCAUGCGCUCCUCUUCAACAGAGUCAACCAGUCUCUGGUUUUCAGUCCUACGGAUGAACCGAUCAUGGGGAUACUUGGCAAUGGCACCAUCCUCCCGAACGGGAGCGAUCCUUUUGGAAGAAACGAAGAGGUCGCCAAAAUAGAGAUAACGGUCCUCAGCAUCACCUUUGUGGUGGCCGUGAUUGGGAACGUCAGUGUCUUGCUGGCCAUGUACAACACCAAGAAAAAGACGUCGAGAAUGCACCUUUUCAUCCGGCACCUCAGCAUAGCUGACCUGGUGGUCGCUUUCUUCCAGGUCCUGCCGCAGCUCUGCUGGGAGAUCACCUUUCGCUUCUACGGGCCAGAUUUCCUGUGCAGGAUAGUGAAGCACCUCCAGGUGAUGGGCAUGUUCGCCUCCACCUACAUGAUGGUGAUGAUGACCUUGGACCGUUACAUCGCCAUCUGUCACCCUCUGAAGACCCUUCAGCAGCCCACCCAGAGGUCCUACAUCAUGAUCAUCAGCACCUGGAUGUGUAGUCUGGUCCUCAGCAUGCCGCAGUACUUUAUCUUCUCUCUGAGUGAGAUCAAGAACGGCUCGGAUGUCUACGACUGCUGGGGCCACUUCAUAGAACCGUGGGGCGUAAAGGCGUACAUCACUUGGAUAACCGUCGGCAUAUUCCUCAUCCCGGUGUUCAUUCUGAUGAUAUGCUACGGGUUCAUCUGCCACAGCAUAUGGAAGAACAUCAGAUAUAAGACCAGAAAGACACCAGCGGGAGGUGCGUCUAAAAACGGUCUGAUGGGAAUGAACUCCGUUAGCAACGUUACCACUAUAUCCAGAGCGAAGUUGAGAACUGUCAAAAUGACUUUUGUAAUUGUCCUCUUUUACAUAAUAUGCUGGUCACCUUUUUUCAUCGUGCAGAUGUGGUCGGUGUGGGAUGAGAGUUUCGCAUGGGACGAAUCUGAGAACACUGCUGUCACAUUGUCUGCGCUCCUCGCGAGUUUAAACAGCUGCUGUAACCCGUGGAUAUACAUGAUCUUCAGCGGGCAUCUCCUUCACGACUUUACUCUUUGUUUCCCGUGCUGUAAUAAAUUACGUUACAAGUUCAAGAAAGAGGACUCGGAAAGCAGUCUCCGGAGAAAUACGGUUUUGACAAAAAUGACCAACCGAAGCCCAACGUGCAGUUCGGGCACUUGGAAAGACACUGACAACUACCCCAAGGUCUCCAUUCAAUCUAGCCAAGUGGAUACCUAACACAGCGCGUUAAACGAACAAACACAAGCUAGUGAUUAUUUAUUGAUUGACUCUUAUUGACUUGAUAGUUAUAAGACUUUCAAGGUACAACUUUAAAACGGGUUGGAAUCUGACAAUGAUUGACUGAUGUGUCUCUAAAAUAGAUGAGCGAUUACACAGUUGUUUUGGGAUAUAUUGUCUGGUAUGCCAUUUGGUUGGCCAGUCAGAAAAACAUCUCAAGAAUGAAGUCUUGAGAAAGUAAGAGUGAUAAGCUAAAAUCACAAAGUGAUAAGCUAUUUCCUCUGGUAAAAAUUUUUUAUAAGGUGAAGAUUCUCUUUUAUGUGCCAUAUAGUCUACAGGCCAGUGUUUCAACAGGUUCCAAACCUGAUUCUCUGGAGUCUAAUAUAGUUUAUAAUGGGUGAAAUACAUCAGAUCUGAAUUUGAAAAUGUAAAGUAGAAAAGAAACAGAUGAACUAUCUAAAUACCAACAGCUAUAUCACUUGAGUAAAAAAAAAAAAAAAAACGUUAGAACAUUCCACAAUCCCAGGGUCCUCUUUUCAAUGCACUCAUGACUUUCCAGUCUAGGAAUUUCUACAGCAAAACCCAGACUAAUUCAGAUGACAUGACAGAUCUCAGUGACCAAGGACCCUGGAUUAGAUCACAGUCAUGCCAUUAAGAUAGUGCACUUUUUUAAUAACGUUAGGCAAAUGGUUGCCGUCUGUGUUGGCCAUAUUUCCCCAGUGAGCCACUCACUCAGUGUGAAUUAAAAACGAAUUGGGCAUGGAGGGUUUACAAAGCAACAGAGGUGUCUGCCUGCCUGGUGGAUUUCUACACAGACACCCAAGGCCAGGGGUGCAACUUUGGUUUUAGAAGUGGGGGGGACUUUU